CCGUACAACCACCUCUCUUUCUCUCUCUAAACGCCGUUUUCUCUCUUUAUAAUUGUUUCUCUCUCAAAGACAAAAUCCCUCUCUAAAAUCUAGGGUUUUUAUUUGGAUCAGUUACAGACAUUCUAAACCCCACAGAACCCUAAAAAAUCUCCAUUAUCGAAUAAAAAAAAUUCAGACCUCUUCCGAUCGAUGCUGGUCUUCGCCGCUGCCGUUGAUUGAUCUCUUCCGGCGGCAUGGACAAAGUUAACGGCGGCGGGCCGCCUCCUCCGGUUCCGGCUCCGAUGCCGAUUCCGAACGCAAAUACUCCGCCGCCGUUCCUCAUGAAGACCUACGACAUGGUGGACGACCCAGCCACCGAUAAGAUCGUCUCGUGGAGCUCAACCAACAACAGCUUCGUGGUUUGGGACCCUCCUCAGUUCGCUAAAGAGCUCUUGCCUAAGUGCUUCAAGCACAACAACUUCGCGAGCUUUGUGCGGCAAUUGAACACUUACGGUUUCAGGAAGGUUGAUCCAGACCGCUGGGAGUUUGCAAAUGAGGGAUUCCUUAGAGGUCAAAAGCACCUGCUUGGGAGCAUAAAUCGGCGGAAACCUGGCCAGGGAGUACCACAGCAACCACAUGGACAGAGUUCGUCAGUGGGGGCAUGUGUUGAGGUGGGGAAAUUUGGGCUUGAGGAAGAGAUUGGGAGGCUAAAAAGGGACAAAAAUGUGCUUAUGCAGGAGCUGGUGAGGCUGAGGCAGCAGCAACAGGCCACCGAUAAUCAGUUGCAAACCAUGGUGAAGCGCCUUCAAGGGAUGGAGCAGCGGCAACAACAGAUGAUGUCAUUCCUGGCAAAGGCCGUCCAUAGCCCUGGCUUCUUGGCACAGUUUCUACAGCAGCAAAAUGAUAGCACCAGGCGCAUAACUGAAGGCAACAAAAAACGGAGGCUUAAACAGGAUGGUGUUUCUGAUGAUCACUUUGUUGGCCCUACUGAUGGACAGAUUGUUAAGUACCAGCCUUUGAUGAAUGAGGCAGCAAAAGCGAUGCUCAGGCAGAUCAUAAAAUUGGACUCUUCUUCUAUGCUGGAAACUUUCAACAACAGUUUCGAGAAAUUCCUGAUUACCGAUGCUCCAUCAUCAUCGAAUGCCUUAGACACUGGAAAUUCUUCAAGCUGUAACUCAGGGGUUACUCAUCAGGAGGUCCCAACAAUUCCUGGGCAAUCUUAUUUGCCAGUAGCCUCGGGGAUUUCUGGUCAAGGUCCUGCAGCUGGGAUACCUGAGAUUCAGUCUUCCUCUGUUGGUCCAAGUUAUGAAACUGUUACAACCGCUCCGUUUUCAACUGCGAGCCCUUUGGUUGGACUACGGGACAUGCCCCCAUUCUCCCUUCCCCAGACACACACAACUAUUCCUGAACUAUCCCCAUUACAAGUAAUGGGGCCACAAAACGGUGUUGAUAUGUCGAGUGGAAGUUAUAUGGGACCUGAAGCAGAAAAUGUCAGAUUUAUGGAUUCAACCUCAUUGGGAGCGAACGGGAAAAUGCCCUUGGAUAUCGACAAUUUUAAUCCUGACACUGAGAUUGAUUGGGAUGACUCCAUGCUAGAUGAGAUGCAAAAACUUCCUGGCAUAAAUGACCCCUUCUGGGAACAGUUUCUUCCGCACAGCCUACAACCUGUAGAGAAUCAGGAUAUGGACUCAAUAGAAGAAGGUGUUGUCAGAGGAAGUGAAGUGAAUCCGUUGGAAAAUGGAUCGGACGGUGGACAACAUAUGGAACAGCUUACAGAACAGAUGGAGCUUCUUACAUCAAAUAACAGUAUAGUUUGACCUUAUUUCACCAAAUGUACAUUUGUGUCUCACAUCAUCAGAGGUAAAUAUUGACAAAUAAACUAGUAGUUUUAGUAAUCAUCAUCGCGGUCUUCAUUUUCUUGUUUAGAGGAAGAGCAGUAGACACCCUUUGUACCUUUCUACUCCGGCUUUGUUUUGCGCAUAUCGAGUUCUUUUGAAAGGAAAAGAAAGACCUCAUUUUUGUGCAAACCUGAAUGCCCACAAUAGAGCAGGCAUAGCGGUGUCGCCUUUUAAUCCUUUCAUAUAGUUCAAUUCUGCAUUGUAUAAUGCAGGUUUUGUUUGAAGAUUCUCAGAUAUAAGCCUAUAGUAGAUGCUUAGACUCUUCUCAUUUUUCUUGUAAUAUUUUAGCCAAAUGUUUUUGUUUAUAUAUCUUUUCGUCGCUUAUGUUGAUGUGAA